AUGAUUGGAUAAGAUUAAUAUCUAUAAGAAGAAUUAUAUAAUGAUUCCAAUAUCUCAACCAUUAAUUGUGAUUAACUUAAAUAAUAAAAUGCUUUUCAUAAUUUGAUUAUCAUUUAAAUCUUAAAUUCACAAUAAUAAGUUGAAGGUGGAAAUGUUUUAAAUAUUAAAUAGGAAGCUCAAAAAUUGACCACCAAUCAUUAUUUAUUAAUAGAGGCAAAAAAAGAUUAAAUGGAAAUUCGUUAUUUCAUUUUGCUCUUUGAUCAUCACAAUAAUUUAAAUAAUGUUUAAUAAGGAAUGUAAAUUCUUGUAUAUGGGAAUUUUGAUAAUAACAACACAAUUUAUUUUAGUUAAAGAUUAAAAAAUGAUCAUUUUUAUGUUUUAGAGCCAAAAACUUUGGUUUCAGCUACUAAAUUAAGUAAUAUAGUAUAUUGUAGAAGGAAACCAUUAGUCAAAGAAUUUUUUUCAAAUUAAGUUUUUGGUACCAAUUUUAAUAAAUUAAGAGGUAAUUUUUUACAUUAUAUAUUUUAAAAUCUUAUGGAAUCUAUCUAUGAGUUUGAGAAAUAUUUUUAAUAAAUAAAUGAUUCGAAGUAAUAUGAAUUAGAUAUUAAUUAAAUUCCUGUUUAAUUCAAGAUAUUUUUUGAACAAAAUUAAUCUAAAUUUUUAAAAGAAAUAUAUACUGUGGGGAAUGAGAAAAAUAAAGAUAUGGAAAUUAGUAUAUCAUAAGGAUUUAUUAAGAUACUAAUUUGGAUUAAAAAAUUUGUUAUUAAUAAAUAACCAAUAUAAUAGAAUAAAUUUUAAAUCUAAAUUAUAAAAUGGGUCGCAAAUGAAAAAAAAAUUUAAUCAUCCGUUUUGGGAUUAGUUGGAGUUAUUGAUAUGAUUUUUGAAGUUAAGAUUAUUAUAGAUAAAUAUUAGUAAAGAUUUUGUAAAAUACCAAUAGAGAUUAAAACUGGAAUGAAGUUAAAUUCUGAUGAUACUUAAGUUUAAACUUAUAUAUAUUUAAUGAAUAAUUACUAUGAAUAGGAAACCUUAUUAGGAAUGAUAUUAUAUUUAAAUAAUUCAGAUUAUAAAAUCAUUACUAAUAAUUAAUAUCUAUAAAAAGACUUAUUGUUUUGUAGAAAUCUAUAUAUUUUAGAAUUAUGUCAAUUAAAGAAAUAAGAGGAUUUUUCACUUUUGCCUAAACUUGAAUUAGAAAUUAAAACAAAAUAAGAAUAAAUGAAAUGUGAGAAAUGUGGAUGUAAAUAUGUUUGCUAUGGUUUAUUUCUAUUAGAAAAUUAAUCAACAUUCUAAUUUCCAAUUUAAUCAUAUGAAUAAAUAAAAAAAUAAGUUAAUUAAUAAACAAAAAUUUACUUAAAUGAAAUGAUUAAAAAUUUGAGAUAAGAAAAAAAAGCAUAAACUCUAACUCAAAUUGAAUAUGAAAUUAAAUAAAAAUAAAACCUUAAUGAUACCUUCCAUUAUAUAUUAUCUUCAAAAAACACAUAUUUAGAAAGUUAAGCUCUUUAAGUUUUAAAAGAAUGUUUUCCGUCAAACAGAGAAUUUACCCUUUUUUGUAAAAGAACUUAAAAAAGCUAUUAAUUCAUUUUAAAAAAGUAACCUAAUAUUAUUUAAAAAUACUUAUUAAAUUAGACAUCUAGGUUAGAAAAUAAUGAAGAAGAUGAUUUUGAAUAUCUGAUUCGUAUGCAUGUACAAGUUAAAACAGAACUAAGUACUUUUGGUAAAGAAUUAGAAAUAGAAGAUAUUCUAAUCCAAUAAAUAUAAUAAAAAAAUCCAUUUAAACAUUAUAAUUUUAUUACAUUUGAGCUUGCUAUAAAUCAAAAAUUAUCAAGAAAAAAAGAAAUUCUUAUAUUAGGUUAUACUCCCUAAUUUAAGAGUUAAUCUUAUCUUCAUGAAGGCGAUCAAUAAUCUUUUUCAUAAAUGUUAGAUAAUUUUAAAUAAUUAAAUGAAUAAUAAUCUAAUGCUAUUUAAUUAUGUUUAUUAGCUGAAGAUUUUGUUUUAAUUUAAGGUUAUAAUGGAAAAAGGAAUAUGUUAAGUCAUUUAUUAUUUUUAUUAGGAUAAAAAAAUAAAAAUAUAUUAUUUUGUUCUGCUGAUGAUGAUAUUUUAGAUGAAUAAAUAAAUGAUUUUAGCGAAACAUUUCCAAAUGAAUGUGGAUGGAUUUUAAGAUUAUAUGGAGAAAAAGAAUAAAUACAAGAAAAAUAUUAAAAAUAUUCUUUUGACUUUAAAAAGUUUGAAGAUAUUUCAGAAAUCAAUAAGAAAUUAAAAAAUAAACAUUUCUAUUUCUCAACUUGUUAAAAUUGUACUGAUAUUUUAUAAUCAGAUUCAUUUGAUUAUUGUAUUGUUGAUUAAUCUACAAAAAUUAUAGAACCAUCUUGUAUAUCUUGUAUACUCAAAAGCAAAGUAUUUAUAUUAUUACAAGAUUAAGAAUUUGAAUAACCAUAAGUUUAAUCAAAAGAUGCUAAAUUAUUAUAAGUUAGUCUAUUUUAAAGAUUAUCAUAAUAAUUUAAGAACAUAGGAUGUCUUGUAGAUUUAGAUUAAGGAGAGAUUUAAAGUUAAUUUCUUUGA